GGCCCCGGCGCCAUGGUGCAGCUGUACAACCUGCACCCCUUCGGCUCGCAGCAGGUGGUGCGGUGCCGGCAGGAGCCCGAGCGCGUGUGCUGCGGGGGGCAGGACGCGCUCUUCGUGGCGGCGGGCUGCAAGGUGGAGGCGUUCUCCGUGGAGGCGGGGGCUCCCGAGCCGGCGCGGCCGCGCUGCUGCUUCUCCACGCUGGGCCGGGUGCUGCACCUGAGCUACAGCGAGCCCGGAGACUACUUAGUGACAAUUGAGGAGAAAAACAAAGCCACCUUCCUUCGGGCCUACGUGAACUGGAGAAGCAGGACCACAGAAAAUUCUCGAGUGUGCAUUCGCAUGGUGGGCCACCGAGUGGAGGGCUGCUUCAGGGAAGCCUCAAAAGACCAGAUGUCUAUUAUUGAGAUCCCUCUGUCUGAGCCCCCGCUGUGCGUCUCUUGCUGUCCUGUGACAGGAGAUCUUCUAGUCGGUUGCAUCAAUAAACUGGUGCUGUUUAGUUUAAAAUGGCAGGUCAUCAGCGAGGCAUUCUCCAUGUUGGACUUCGAACGCUCCUUAGUGAUACACAUUGAGAACAUUCUCCCCGUAGAGAUUUCAUUUUGUGCUGCGUAUAUUGCGGUGAUGACGGAUCUGGAAGUCUUAAUCCUGCGGUUGGAGUCCGCUCCUAAAGAUGGAGUGAAUGUUGACCCCUCCCCACCAACGAAGAACUCCCCAUCCAGACAGGCCCCCACAGAGGCUGGCAGAAAGAGUCGCACUUAUCCAGCACCAGCCCCUCAGCUGGAGUCAGAGGAUUUUGUUAUCUGUCAGAAGCCCAUGGAGCUCCUUGGUGAGGUGAGCAGACAGUCUGGCCUGUCAGUUACCCUGGAGUCCACAGGGUUAAAUGAUGAAAGAGCAAGCCCUUCCUGGGCACACCCCAUCUUGUACAGACGGUUCACACCUGAUGUGUCUUCCUAUGUCUUCCCUGAUGAUACCAAGUUGCAUUCACUCCAGUUGCUGCCUAUUUACCAAACAGGUGCUGUUACUACCGAUGGGAAGAGUUCCCCUCAGGAAAAAGAGUUGCUAAGUCUUUUCUGUUUUUUCUCCUUACCUCAUAUUGGCUAUCUCUAUAUGGCCGUUAAAUCAGUGGAAUUAAUGUCAGUCUACCAAUAUCCAGAGAGAUCUCAGCAGGCAGUUCUUACCCCCCAAUUCCUGCAUGUCAUCACAAGUAACAACUUGCAGUGUUUCACGGUACGAUGCAGUGCGGCUGCUGCAAGGGAUGCAGACCCCUAUGUGGAUACCACCCUCAAGGCCUGUCCGCCUGUCAGUUUGGACAUCUGUGCCUUAAGAAUGCAGCUUUUCAUAGGAUUGAAAGCAAUAUGUCACUUUAAGAAUCACGUGAUCCUUUUGACGAAAGCAGGCGCCGAAGAUAUCCCAGAGAGAAGAAAGUCAUCCAAAAGGCUGCUCUCCAGAAAAGAUGGCAGUGUUAACCUCAAGACACCUUCUGCAAUGGAAGAUGGGUGGAAUUUAUAUCUUGUGAAUACGAUUUCAACUGUGCAACUCUACAAAGAAAUGGUAGACUACAGUAAGGCCUACAAGAACGUGAGAACUCAGAGUUGCAUCCACCUCCUCAGCGAAGCCCACCUGUUAGUGAGAGCCGCUCUGAUGGACCCCUGUCUCACUGAACCUGGAGAGAAAGAGGAACUCUUAGAAGCUUUCAGAGAAAGCUGUGAGCACCUUGGAGACUGUUACAGCAGGCUUGACACCCAGUGUUCUCAUCUGGCCCUACCUUAUUAUAAUAUGGCUGGUUUGUCUAUGACUGACGUCUUGACCAGAAUAGACUCAGUGGUAGAAGAUGGAUCACAGAAACCCGAGAGAGGUUUGCUCUUCUACAUAAACCAUUCCCUUUAUGAGAAUGUGGACGAAGAAUUAAGUGAAGAAUUAGCAGCAAAAGUGAGCCAGAUAUUUAGUGCUGCUGAGCCCAAACAGCUGCCCCAUGCCCUCUGUAGCCCGUGCAUGAAGAAUAUGGAUCCUUUAAUGGCCAUGAACCACUUGAAAAAGCUGAAUAUAUCGGGAUCAUCCUCAGUCUUAGUGACUUUGACCAAGGCUUCGAUGGCUCUGAAAAUGGGCGAUCUGGACGCAUACAAGCGUGAGAUGAAGUGCCACACAGAGAUGGAGUUGGUGUGCGGCUUUAUUUUGGAACCCCGACUGUUGAUCCAGCAGAAGAAGGGGCAGGUUGUGCCAACAGAGCUUGCUGCUCACCUCAGGGAGACUCAGCCAGAAUUCCUUGUGGCCUCCAUACUGGGCUUACUGAAAAACAACAAAAUUGGAGUGGAAGAAGCAGAUACCUUCUUCAAGGUGCUCUGCGGCAAGGACGAAGAUGUCAUUCCUCAGCUCCUAGUGGACUUCUGGGAAGCCCAGUUGGUAGCAUCUGUCCCCGAGAUCCUGCUCCAGGAACUUUUCUUCAAGCUCUUAUCUCAGUAUAUCUGGAGGCUCUCCCAGAGGCAGCCCCCGGACACCAAACCGCUGAGAAGUCCAGAGGACCUGAUAAACUCCUGUAGUCAUUAUGGCUUAAUUUACCCCUGGCUCACUUUCUUAACAUCAUCAGACUCUUUACAUGAUCAAAAUUAUGCAGAAGACCUUUCUAAAUUACAGUCCCUGAUAUGUGGCCCUUCAUUUGACGUAGCGUCCAUUUUGCCUUUCUUGGAACCACUGUCAGAAGACACAAGUGCCGGCCUCAGCAUCCAUGUCCUCUGUCUCACGCGCAUGAAAGAGCAUGAGCAGGCCUUGAACUCACUGCUGGAUAGAUGCCCUGAGGCCGUCAUCCCUUAUGCUCAGCAUGAACUGAAGGAAGAAGGCCCUCGGGCUUUAUGGUGGAAAAAGCUGCUCCCUGACCUUUGCCAAAGAAUAAAACAGGGUGGGGAGAAGUAUGAAGUGCACCUCUCGUCUUUGAAAGAAACAUUGGCCGUUGUUGCCACAGAGUUAGAACUAAGGGAUUUCUUGAAUGUCCUACCAGAAGAUGGAACGGUAGCCUUCUUCCUACCAUAUCUCCUUUAUAGCAGUAGGAAAAAACCCAAGACUUGAAUACAACAGCAAGGUAUUAUGGAUGGGAAAAAGGAAUGUCGCCACAGUAUGGAGAAUCCAUCAGGAAACCAGAUAACCAGACAAGUGGGUCUUGAGUGGAGAAAUUGCAAAUAAAGGACUGUAUGGACACAAUUUUCAUACUAAAUAUAUGUAUUAUAGAUACUUGCAGGAUUGGAGUGGUGAUACUCAUCUCUGCAUUUUCAGUGGCUUGGACCAGUUAAGUUUGUGGCAUAUAACAGCUUUAAGAAGUGAUAAUAUUGUAAAGCCAUAUUUAAAAUAAAGCUAGAGGGCCGAUUUUUAUGUAUAGAUAGAACUGUUACCAUCUCUAACUCAUAGCUGGAAGUGUGACAAUCUUUUUAGCCUCAGGAAUGCAUAAAGGAAAUUUUUUUUUCCCCUCACAAUAAUAUUGAAAAUUCCAGGUUUUCCAGAACUUCAUUGUUUUCCAUCAUUUUCCAAGACAGAUUGCAGGAAAGGAAACUCCAUGCAGGCCUCAGAUUUCCGGACUCCUAUUUUUCUAAUUCUCUUACAAGUCUUGAAGGAGAAUAUAAAGCUUUUGAGGCCAUCUGAGGUUGCCAACCUCUUUUUUUGUUUGAAAUGGGAGAGAUUAUCGUCACUUUCUAGCUGAAUGUCAGUAAAAGAGUUUAUAAAGCCUCCAACCAUCUGAUCCGGCUGGUUACAUGUGGUUUGUUGAAUAUGUUUUCAGUGAAGGCUUUUAGUUUCACCGAAAUGUUCUGUUGCCUUGCCAGACAGAAUUAAUGUAAAAUAAAUAA